AUGUCCAGCUCGGUGGAGCUUCCUCUUUUCCCAUCCUGUCUAGGGGCCCUUGACUGGUCGCCAGAUGGAGAGCUUGCCGUGGCCGCGGGCGACCAAGUUCAUAUCAUGACAUGGAGUCCUGCUAAGUAUAGUUCAGAGCAAGGAGAUCAAAGUGGCUGGCAAACUACCCGCAUUCCAAAGGUCAGUGUCUUCACGGUUGCAGAGUGGGGCAUGGUUUACCCACAAAACCGAGAUGACUUCUCUGUCGCCGUGGAGCAAUCAGCAAGUUCUGUAAUAGGUCUUUCAUGGUCGCCGCCAGGUCUAGCUCGAUACCGACGGAGUGUCCUGGCCAUCUGGACCUCCAACCUGAUUCUCUCAAUAUGGGAGCCGGUUGGAAUCAACGGUCAAUGGGCUCGAGUCAGCAUCGUGAAUCAUGCUCUCCAUCCAAGCCCCGGGAAUUCCCAAGAACUUCAUGGCAUUGACCUUCGAAGAUCAAACAUUCGUUCUUUCCACUGGUGCUCACCUCUUCAAGUGCCGGCCGAUGGACCAGAAUCGGCAACAGCACCUGAAUCUCGCUGGGGCGUCCAACUGCUCGCCGUAGCAAAUGAUGUCAAUGAGGUGGCUCUACUUCGGGUGCAUCGGCCAACUGGGCUGCAAGCUUCAUCUGAUGCAUACACAAUCACCAAGUUGGCCGUCUUCCCCCUUGAUGGAGCUGAGAAGCAGUUUCCAAUGGCUUGCUCCGGAUCGCUUCUGCAGAGUGCACUUCAGUCCAAAGCGCGUGUUACAUCAGUCAAGUCUGGACCAUGGCUUAGCUUGCCAACAUCAGCAAAUGGACCUGCACACUCCGCAAGGACAGUGGUUGCGGCUGUUUAUGGAACAGAACUGCGGAUUCUGCAGGCCACUGUUGCAUUAGGGGAGUCAGAUCCAGAGUUAGAGGUUACGCCUCGGUACGAAGCUAUGGUGGAGGUCAAAGCACAUCCUUUGCUCGCAUCAAACAGCUGGAGUCAUCGGAUGACGGGUCCCCUGGAAUGGUUACAUAUGAGGGAGUCCAAAACGAUCGUUCUUGCAGUCGGGAUAAUUGGUGGCGUUCUCACAGUAUCCUUUCCCCGAUCUGUUGCAGAUGGCAGUGAAAUGAAUGCUGCCGGAAUAAAGACCCAAGAAUGGCCUUGCUCAUCUUUUCCUACUCCAGAAGGCGAGCCAUUCUCUCGAGAUCUAGAGCCUGUUUCGAGCUUCCUCAUCACAUCAGCAAAACAUGGUACAUGCGCCCUUCAAAUAGGCACUUUGGGUGGCUUGGGAGCUAGCAUGACCCUCGAUCAAUCCGGCGCUCUUGAGUUGCGAGUUCCAUUUUGGAUGAAAGUGCUCGAAGAUUUUCGAGAGGACUACGACUUAGGCCGCGACCUGGGAGGAAAUACCGCCGCUCGUGUAUGGGGCUUGUCAGCAUAUCGUGGUCUUACUGCGGCUCUCUUCACCAGGCACCCGACGGACAUGGUUGAAUACCGUGUUGCCUCUAGCGAGAGAUCAAUGAUCAUAUUCACGAACGAGAAUACCAAAGAGGCCCCCGAUUUCCACACCCUAUUCACACCCCAUUCGGCACAGAGUGACCCGGAAUUCGCUCGCGACCAACGCGAAAAGGCCAUUUCGUUGGUGCUUGCUAGCAGUGAACAGGAUAUGGGAUCAAAUACGGAAGACCACAGGCUUUUCUACGCUACAGCAUGCUCCGCUAUCGUGGAUCAGCAGAGUGAGUAUAUUCGCACGCAAGCUCGAAAAUGUCUAGAGCGACUGGCAAAUAGCACUGGGGCGGAUUUGAGCGAGGAGAUCUCCAAAUGUAGCCUUAAGUCCUCCACGAUCUCUGCCAAAUCAAUUGAUGAGCAAAAGAAGCCUGGUGGGCAUAUUUUUGAAUACUGUGAGAUCUGCGAUGCAGGCCUUGCAUGGGAUUCUGUGGGGGAAGCACAGUGUGCAAAUGGGCACCUCUUCGUACGUUGCGGACUUAGCUUCAUGGCGAUACAAGAGCCUGGCAUAUCCAAGUAUUGUACGAUUUGCCGAACAGAGUAUCUUGAUGAAGACCUUCUUGCUCGCGUGCGUCAUGGUCAGAUUGGCCAAAAGUUCAUGCAGCUUUUUGAGGCAUUCGAUACCUGUAUCUACUGUGACACAAAGUUCCAGGCUAGCGUUUAG